AUGGACUUCUAUAUCAAUGUACCUCCUCCCGUGCAUUUUCUUGAUGUUACUGAAGCGUUCAAAUCACUUAGCAAUGUGGAAAAGGAUUAUGUUUUCAGCUGCACACAAGCGUCUUGGAUUGGAGGUCUCAUAGGAUUAAUUCAAACAUCUCCUGAGUCUGCUGGAAUAUUUUUGUUUGUCAGUCGCUUUUUCCAUUUGGAGAACGUACAUUCCUUUGUUGAAAAAGCGACAAAAAAUAAUUUUUCCGAUGAGGAAAUAACCCACAUUUUAUCUUAUUUCGCCUCAGUGCUGGGUAAUUUCGGGAAUUACCUGUCUUUUGGGGACACCAAGUUCAUCCCAGCUAUCAAUGUCGACAGGGUAACAGAAUUUUUAUCGUUGAGCAGUGAAUUUUCUAAUUCAGAAACUGGUCUUAAAGCUUUAUGGAAAGAAAUAGCUCCAGCCAUCUAUUCGUUAAGUCCUCGCCGUUUACGCCUUGGUUUUAGUCCCACUGAAAUAACGUCUUAUUACUCUGAAGACUGUAUUCGAAGUGAUGCUGAACUAGUUCAAAAAUAUCUGGAAAACGUUAAAAUUGAAGCGUAUAAUACCCGACUUUUUAAGAGUAGUAACUCCAACUCCAAAGUUUAUUCGAUUCGGUUUGCGUCGGCUGAGAAGAAAGUUCAACCUGUGCAUUUUGAUGCCCUUCCUUCGGGAACUUCUUUGCAGCUCGAGUAUGGUGACUACUGCGAACUUAUGGAGUUACUGGUUGACUGCUCUUUAGAUGCCAAAGCACACUCUCUUAACAAAAUCGAAUCAGAAAUGUGGGAUCAUUAUGCUCAGAGCUUUUAUACUGGGUCCUUAGACUCUCACAAAGAUGCUUCUAGACUAUGGGUCAAGGACAAAUGCCCUGUGGUUGAAAAUUACAUUGGCUUUAUUGAAACUUAUCGUGAUCCUUUAGGUGUACGUGCAGAGUUCGAGUCAUUUGUCGCAGUUGUGAAUCGAUCAAUGUCAUCUAAAUUUCAGCGGCUAGUAGAUAAUGCUGUUGACUUGUUAUCUAAUUUGCCAUGGCCUUCUACUUACGAAAAAGACAGGUUCUUACAACCAGACUUUACAAGUUUGGACGUAGUAACGUUUGCAACCUCAGGAAUCCCUGUUGGAAUUAACAUUCCUAACUAUGAUGAUGUGCGCCAAGUUGAUGGAUUUAAAAAUGUAUCCUUGGGGAAUGUACUCAGUGCUCGCUUCAAGGACCCUAAAUCAGAAUUUCUCCGAGAGGAAGACAAGAAGUUGUAUGUGGAUCAUGCGGAGAGUUCUUUCGAACUUCAAGUUGGACUUCAUGAAUUGUUAGGCCAUGGUUCUGGGAAGCUCUUUCAACGUAGUGACGAUGGAAUACUGAAUUUUGACACGAAUUCUACGAAAGAUAUCAUAAGUGGAGGUCCCAUACGUAGUUGGUAUGAACCAGGCGAAACAUACGACAGCAAAUUUUCGAGUUUGUCUUCGGCAAUUGAAGAAUGUCGAGCUGAAUGUGUUGGAAUUUAUCUAUGCAAUUUACCACUUGUCUUGGAACAGUUUAAUCUUAAUACUAAUUGCUCUACAGACAGUGUCCCAGAUGUUGUCUACGUUAAUUGGUUGUCCAUGGUUCGUUCAGGUGUAACUUCUAUGGAAUUCUAUUCACCUGCAGAAAACGCUGGCGAUAUUGGUUCAUGGCGUCAGGCACAUUGCUGUGCUCGUUAUGUGAUUUUGCGGGUUUUAAUUGAAGCUGACAAUUCGCUAGUACGUGUAGACGAAAUAGUUGGUGAUGAUGGUGCACCUGAUUUAACUAUUUUCUUAGAUCGCCAAAAGCUUUUGACAGUGGGUCGUCCGGCAAUUGGCGAAUUUUUACGAAAAAUUCAGUAUUAUAAAAGUACAGCCAAUGCUAAAGAUGGUUGCGCCUUCUUCCAGCAUUAUUGUCAAUUGCUACCAGAACAUAUUAAAUUGCGCCAAAUUGUGAUUAAUCGCAAAAAACCUCGACCUAUUUUCGUUCAACCUGGACUCCGUAAAACCCCUCACGGUGUUGAACUAAUAUCAUAUCCUACAACUUAUGCCGGUGUAAUACAAUCAUUCGUGGAUCGUUAUGGUGAUUUGCCUCUUGGGCAGAAAGCUCUUGAUGCGCUAGAAACAAUUUGGCGCCGUGAACUUCCCGUAGUGUGUGGUCUUCAAUUUGGUCAAGUACUCAUUGCUGAUUUGGGUUCAUCAAUCAUGCCAAGGAAAUAAAUUUAUCUGACAGUUCGGCUAAUUAGAUCAAUCGAAAUCCACAAAGUACUAUGUACAUUUGUGAUUGAUAAAUCAAUUUGAGCCACAAAUGUUCUUCACAAUAAAAGUAAUUGUUUUGUUUAUUUAUUUUAUAAUCCAUAAUGAGCUGUUCAAUAAACGAAAGGUUUUAACGUUAGUCGAUAAUUUGGUUUCCGGGACACAUACUCCUUUGUUGAUUGUCGCCUUGUUAGUUAUUCUCAUAAAUGACUUCCGUUCAGUAUAUAUUUAUAUUGCUUUUGAACACAUGAUACUUUCCGGCAUUAUUCCCUGUUACCCUUUGGAAAGCGGAAAGCUAUCUAAUUUGGUUAUUAAUAAUGAAAUGAGCUUACCCCAUAAAAAAAUAACAACGGUAAAAGGAGUAAUUUGCAUAUAUAGUAUGUCGAGAGUUAAGUGUGUGAGUGUCUAUUCGUGCUUAUUGCUUGAUUGUCCGACAUUUAAAGCCGAAUAAUGCACUGGGGAUCACUAUACUGGUUGAAAUUUAGCUGAUCAAUAGCGUGUGUCAUAUAUAAACAGACGGGUGGUUCAGUACUCAAAGUAUUCGGUUUCUAAUCAACCCAAAGACUAAGCUUCACACCAUCUACUUUGGUUUUUUCAACCGAUUUGCACCACUACCGCAAUGUGGCUAAAAGCCAAGCACAUAAACACGUACUUGAUAUGUGAGUUUCAUUCAUUAUCAUUACUACAUUCUUUGACAUUUACGUGUUUACCAACUAUCAUUUUUCAAAUGAUUUCACGUUUGGUAAAUCUUCAAUGUUUAACUUGGAGAUUAUAG